ACACAGUGAGAGGGGCAACACAAGCAGGGGGAGGGUGAGAGGGAGAAGCAGGCGUCCAGCUCAGCAGAAAACCCGAUGUGGAGCUCAAUCCCAGGACCCAGGGAUCAUGACCCAAGCCAAAGGCAGACACUUAAUGACUGAGCCCUCCAGGCGCCCCCCUAUUUUCUUCAGUCUCACUCUCUGUACUCGCUUUUCAUUGGAUUGACCUUGAAGGGCUUGUUUUCUUUCUCUCUCUCUUUUCAUCUCUUUGUCUUCUUGCCCUACUUUCUGGGCAAUUCUUUUAAGCCUGGCCUUUUAGCUGUCCUGAUUUAAUUACUUAUUUAUUUGGAAAAUCCUCGUUUUCAUUCUUCCGGACCAACUUCUUCAUUUUUUAUUAUUCCUUUUCUCGUAAUAUCCACGUUUCCGCCUUGCAGACACAAAGCUUUUCUAGUCUUCCUGGGGGUGGUAAUUAAGAUCUUUCAGAGCUUUCCCUUGGCUCUCUGCGUGUUUCUGUUUGGGCAGAUUUCUGUCAGAGGCCCCUGUGUCUAGAGAUGUCUAGUUUAGCCUUCAUAUUAAGCCCGAGACAGUUAAGGGCCAGAAGCUGUGUAUGUGGAUGAGGGGAACUUGCUUUGACAGAUGGGGGGUGGGGAGGGAGGCUCUUGCUUCUUCCCAGGGUUAAAGAAGUCCCUCCUCCUACCUGGGGGCAGGUGUUUGGCUGUGGCUGCUGCUUUCUGGAAGUGGGUGGAACCCUCAGCGCCCCACAAUUCAAAAUGCAGCAUCUUUCUCAUCUCUUUCUUUUUAAGUCAGUUUCUUUAUUGAAAGUGGUCUCCAUGCCCAAUGGGGGCUUCAACUCAUGAUCCUGAGAGUAAGAGUCAGGCGCUGUACCGACUGAGCCAGCCAGGUGCCCCAGCAAAUAUAUUUUAUGUAACCCAAUCAGUCCAGAUUGUUACCUUUUGAACACGUAGUCCCGUAUAAAGUAUGAUGACUGGUGAGGUGGUUUGCAUUCCUUUUUUGUACUAAGUUCUGAAUCCAGUGUGCAUUACAUCCCUGGCGGACCUCAAGGCCAGUCACAUGGCAGGGGGAAGGGGGGCGCCGGAGAGCCAGCUGACCACAUCCUGUGGUGGUGGGGCUGGUGAACAGAGCUUUCACCAGCUGCAGGAGCUCAAAGAGGCUCUGGGGACCCAGGAGCUCUCUAUCCAGACUCACACGAGUCCCUUCACUUAAGCCUGUGCCAUGCCCCAACUUCCCAGUGUCCCUGGAUGCCCUUGGCCUCUCAGAGCUCUCUGUAAUAAGCUGAAUGGUGGAUCCCAAAACGUAGGUCCAGGUCCUAGGCCCACCCAUGUGAAUGCAAGCUUUUUCAGAGCCCUGGGGAAGAAGGAGCAGGGCCCUAGGACAUUGGGGCAUGGGCGCGCAAAAGAAAAAAACCCUGUUUUCAGCUCCCCUGUGGGGGUCACGGGUUACCAGCCCAGCCGUGGGACUUGAGCACAGCCAGUGGCCUAAGGAAGUGGGGCCAGUGGGGACCUCAUCCCAGGGCUGGCUGCAAGGACCAUGAUGCGGGGAGGGAGCAGAAUAAACGGCGGUCAGUUAGACAGCCGUGCAAGUUUCCUCUUCCCCGGGCACCGCUUCGAUGGCAGCAGAAGGACAAAGGUGAAGGAGCCCAGGGCCGAGGAGAGGGCAAGGGGAGCAGCACGGGAGGCACGGAUCCAUUGUGGCCUGGGAGAGUGACAGGUCAAGGGCAGAGCAGGGGGAGCUGCGGAAAGAGCCGCCCAAGGGAAGGGAGGGAAGGAGUCAGUGUCCCCAGGCCACAACCAAUGACCCGUAACCAAUGGAGGUCCCAGGUCAGCAGGUCCCAGGCUGCGCCUUCCCAAGGCUCCAGGGAAGACCGCUCCGGCCUCAUCCAGCUCUCCCUGCACCCGCAGUGCUCCGGUCUCUACCUCGGUCUUCCCACGGCCUUCUCCCCUGUGUCUUUUCUGUCUCUUGUAAGGACCCCCUAAUUCAGCAUGGUCUCCUCUCGAAACCUUUCAUGACGUCUGCAAGGGACUUCUUCCCAAAUAAACUCACCUUUGCAGGUGCACAGGGAUUCACAGGGUUAGGAUGAGGACCUACAAUUUCGGGGGCCACCGUUCAGCCCACCAUGCCACCUCUACCACAGAAUAAUUUAAGGUGGCCCCCAACCCCAUUUCCUUUGCCUUAUCCGAGGGAGAGAGGUAGGCUUCACAGGCCCCUCUGUGCAAGGCCCAAACUCUGGGCCCCACAGCGGACUUGGCUCCAGAGGCUCCCUGGCCCCAGCCUGCUUCAGCUUCUGGUUUUUGGGAGCCGAGUGCGUGUGUCCCCUGCUAAAGCAAUCACCUCCGCAUGGCUCUGAGCCGGCCAGGCCAGGGCUCGCACCCAGAAUUGUCUUCCAGAGAAACUGUUUGCAUCUGUUUUAAGCUUGUGUCCUUGGGAACCUCUAGCUCUCCAGAGUUCACUGACUGGAGGGCAAAUGCUUUUCAUUAAGGUGGCAGGAGGAAGCUGACUCCCAGCCAGGGUGGGAGAAGGAAAGCCGCUGCACUGGCUGGCUUGGGGGGGGUGGGGGCAGCAGCGCACAGCCUUUCAGUUGGGGGCUCCUCUCCACGUCGACAGGAUGGGCUGCCCGCGGAGGAAGGCCCUGUCUCUCCUCAUUAUUCUUGUGCCGGUGCAUCUGCACAGGGCUUUGUCGCAGGGAGCCAGCCCUGCAGGGCCAAGGAAGCCAUUUCUCGAGCGGCUCCGCAGGCUGGAAGAGCAGUUCCGGAGGUUCCAAGAGGUGACCUUAACCCACCUGCAAGACCUUGCCAGGAACUAUAACCUGUCGUACGAUGUCGAUGCCCGGUUCCAGAGCCUGGCCCGCAAGACCCAGGCCGUGGCCCUGGCUGUGAACCAGUCACAUGCUGCCGUGCAGGGUGACCUGAGCCACCUCAGGACACGGAUGCAGAAGAUGCAGCGCAGAAGCCGGAAGGUGGAGUCCAGGCUGCUGGCCCUGGGGGCUGCCCUGAGUGAAAGGCAGCACACCCAGGACAGAGAGGACCAAGAGGCGCGGAGGGGUGCCCUCUCCAGCUUGGCCCUGGCCGUGAGAGCCCUGCAGGACACGCUGGCUCACCUCACGGCCCUCGUGCAGGGCCAAGAUGCCAGGCUGGGUGCUCUCGAGGCCCGGAUGCAGGGGGCAGGUCCCAGCACCGCGACCCCGGCGCUGACCCCGGCCCAGCCCCUCCCGCCACCUGGGCUGCCCAGCCCCAGCUCCCCGGCGGAGCACAGGGGGAGGCAGGUGCUCAGACCACCUGAGACCGGUGACCCGCCUCAGGACUCUGCAGGCCAUCCGCAAGGGACAUGGGCACCUCCUGGCCCUGGCAGCCAGCGGGCGUGGCCCCCUGAGAAACCAGGAGAGACCUGUGACGUGGGCCCCGUGCUGGUCUUCCCCAACGCCUCCACCCAGAACGUCGCCUUCCUCAGCCCCGGCUUCCUGUGGGGUCUGCGAGCCCUGUCCGUCUGCAGCUGGGUGCGCACGACCUCGGGCCGCCUGGGCACCCUGCUGUCCUAUGCCACGGAGGAGAAUGACAACAAGCUCGUGCUGCACGGCGGCGGGAAAUCCCUGGCCCCGGGAGCCAUCCACUUCGUGAUCGGAGACCCGGCCUUCAGGGAGCUGCCCCUGCAGCCACUGCUGGACGGCCAGUGGCACCACGUGUGUGUCAUCUGGACGUCCAUCCUGGGCAGGUACUGGCUGCACGUGGACCGCAGGCUCGCGGCCACUGGCUCCCACUUCAGGGCGGGCUAUGAGAUCCCUGCAGGAGGGUCCCUGGUGCUGGGCCAGGAGCAAGACAGUGUGGGCGGUGGCUUUGACAGCUCUGAGGCCUUUGUGGGGAGCCUGGCAGGCCUGGCCAUAUGGGACCGGGCGCUGGUCCCCGGGGAGGUCGCAAAACUGGCCACCGGGAGGGAGGUCCCAGGGGGCGCCAUCCUGACACUGGAUGAUGCCCAGUGGAGAGGCGGGUUUGUGCAGCAGGUGAACUGCAGCUGCCUGGAGCUCUGUCCCUGAGGCCCUGCGCUCUGGGUCCCCACAGGAGCAGCCUCCGCCGCCCUCAGCCACCCCCUCCCCAGCCACCCCAGUGCACGUGCCCUGUCCAGGGCCACUGAGGGACACCCUGGGCGUUUGGAUUUGCAGAGCUGAGAUGUGGACAAGACGCUUUAAAUGUAUCUUUCUCUGAAACCGUGAAAAGUCUGUGGCUGGGUAACAAUUCCUCACAGUGGGCCUAGCAUUCCCCACAGCAAACGCUUUCUGUCUUGAUUUUAUACUAUUCCCCAGCAGGGCAAUGUGGGAGGUAGGGAGCGGACUGACAGGUGCAGUGGGGCUGUGGGAGGACCCGCGGGCUGUGAUGUCAUUCCCUCCUGGGGGGGCAGGACUCUGUGGGGGCCUCGCGUCUGGGCUGGGUUUGCCAACGGAGAGCCCUGUUUUCGUGGUACCUGGGUGGGUGCAUUUGAACGGCCCUCUCUCGAGGUGGCUUGGAAAGCCCCCGGGUGGUCCUUGCUGCCGUGUCCCUCAUGAAAAGGACCAGGAAUCCAUUGCCUGCCCCGAAGCCCCAGCGACUUGACCGGUCGCCCCCCCCGGGGCCUCCAUCAAGGUGCCGCUGUGGGAGUCUGUGAAGGGAGCAAGUGAUUCAAGCGAUUCAGAAACAAACGGGAGCAAUCGCAGGCCGCACUUUCAAGGCACCCUCGUUGGGGUACUAUGGGAGCAGAAGCCAGGAGGCCACCGGGAUGUGUGUCCAGUGCAGAGAUUGUUAGUGAAUUCACAGAGCUGUGCCCCCAUCACUGCAACCUAGCUUUAAGGUGUUUCCAUGCCCCCCCAAAUCAUGCCUGUUAGUGGUCGCUCCUGUCCCCCCCAGCUCCGGUGCCCCCUGACCGGGACCCCACACUGCUCUCCAUUCACCCGCUCCCAGUCUCUGGCUUUUGUGAAUAAAGCUCUUCGAGCACUCUCA